AUGACGACUUGGUGUUUAUCUGUGACGAAAAAUCCCUUUUUCUUUGGGGGAUUUGCCGUUAUAAUCUAAUCUCUCUGCGUUCUUUAUCUUGUUUUUUUUUUAUGCUAUCGUUGUAAAUAGGUGGGAACAACGAUUUUUUCGUUUUUGCCGCAUGUUUCGUGCUUUGAAUGCCUGGAGAGGCGUCGCCACUGGCGCCAUUGUUGUGGUGGAAAACAUUCAGGAUCUUGGGGGACCAAAUGCUCGUAUAGCCAUGGACUUUGGGCUUCACGAUGUUAAGGUGGAACGCCUUUUUAGGCAGUCGGAUAAUUGUCAUCUCUAUCAGCAGUUACCAUCGUGACCAGGCUUCUCUGAUCAUUUAUCUCAUUGAAUUCGAUAAGGAUUCAAGGAGAUUUCUGUAUCUUCCUUCCUUGUAUUUUUCGUUUUCUUGGGAUUUUUUUGUAUAUCUUUCCUCUCUUCCAGGGCUAAUACGCUGCCAAAUUCUCGUAGCUUGAUGAUAGCGGUUUGUGAGUCAUCUUUUAUUCAUGAUUAACAAGGAUUAGGAAAUCUUUGAUGGUUGUAAAGGUUUCCACGAACUGGAGUAUGGAGAUCUCUUGACUAAAGUAGAUCCCCCUCUACAAUUAUCAACAUGGUUUUCCUUACGACAAAGGGGGUGGUGGGGAAAGAGCAUCAUUAGGUGCAAAUGGUUUUGAUGUUUCUACUUUGCUUAGAACAGUGUAGGUCGUUGGUCUAGGUUCCCUGGCAGGACUUCGACCUGCAUGAGGAUGGUCAAGUUGGUAGGUAGAUCUUGCAAAUGUAAAGUUUGCUACUUUUUUUGUUGUGCAUCGAACGACGGCGAUGAAGAAAAUGACAAACAUCUUUUUUGAGAUUGUGCAGGCGGUAGUUUUCCCGGUAGACUAAUUGGUCUCCUCGCUGAAGACUGAAGAACAUGUCGUACCUCCUUCCUCAUCUUCAUUCUGGCUGGGCCGUCGAUCAGGCCAUACUUUCAGAGGAAGAGCGGGUCGUCCUAAUUCGUUUUGGACAUGAUUGGGAUGAUACCUGUAUGCAGCUUUACGGGAACUAAGUGGACGGCUUGAUGUGGGCUUACUUAGAUGGACGAGGUGCUUGCUUCAGUUGCGGAGACCAUAAAGAAUUUCGCUGUCAUCUACCUGGUUGAUAUAACAGAGGUGCCCAACUUCAACACCAUGUAUGAGCUAUACGACCCGUCGACGGUGAUGUUCUUCUUUAGGAACAAGCACAUCAUGAUCGACCUGCGCACGGGCAACAACAACAAGAUCAACUGGGCCCUGAAGGACAAGCAAGAAUUCAUCGACAUCGUCGAGACCGUAUACCGUGGGGCCAGGAAGGGCCGAGGUCUGGUCAUCGCACCGAAGGAUUACUCGACCAAGUACCGUUACUAGACAAAAUGCAUAUGUACGUUUCCGUGCUCU